AUGGAAUUUGAGGGAGACGAAGCCUCCCAUCGACACCCACAACGGAGCAUACCUACAAAGCGUGCUCAAUAUCCAUCAAGUUUAAGGCAAGAUUCAAACUUGACAAUCCCUAUUCUGCCAUCAGAACUCGUUACUGAAAUCCUCUCAAAGCUUCCUGUGAAACCCCUCUUGCAAUUCACGUGUGUUUCAAAAUCUUGGCUUGCUUUGAUCUCUGGUCAAGAAUUUAUCAAGGCCCAUCUUAGCUUAUCACCUAAUAACAAGGACAACACUAACCAUAUGCUCAUAUUGAAUUUUGGUCGAUAUCUUAAGCAAUGGUCUCUUAAGUCUUUACUUUAUGAGUCUGCUAUGGAGACAUCUACGUUGUAUUAUCCCAUGAAAAUCCCCAAAAGAUCGUUUAGGAUUGUGGGUUCUGUCAAUGGAUUGAUUUGUCUUGCCGAUUCGUCAAAAGAUUUGGUUCUAUGGAAUCCAUCAAUUAAAAAGUAUAAGAAAUUGCCUGAUUUUAAUACUAAUUCCUGGGAUGUUAAUCGUUUCAUAUACGAUUUUGGAUAUGAUGAAUUCCGUGAUGAUUAUAAGGUAGUGGGCUGUUUUUAUUAUGAUUGUAGUAAUUCGUCUAAUGUUGAGGUCGAAAUAUAUAGUCUAAAGAGUGAUUCUUGGAAAAGUAUCCGUUCUCUUCCGGAUGAGAUGAGAUUCUUAACUGAAUUAGGUAAGUUUGUUAAUGGGAAGCUUUAUUGGGCUAAUAAUAAUUGUAAUCAUUAUUUCUCAUAUAAGGGAUGUAAUAUAAUAUCUAUUGAUUUGGUUGAUGAGAAAUGGGAAAAGGUGGAGCAACCAUCCUAUGAAGAAGGAGAUAUUGAUUUGCAGCUUGGAUUGUUUGGUAGUGAUCUUUCUGUAUAUAUUAAUAAUGCUGGAAAACAUGUAUCUGUUUGGGUUAUGAAGGAAUAUGGGGUUAGACAAUCUUGGACAAAGAUGUUUACCAUCAAGUAUGCUGAUUACUCAUAUUUGUAUGCUCGACCCUUUUUCAUGCCAAAUAAAGUGAAGGCUGUUGUGAAUCAAUUAAGAAGAUACGGGGUGGACAUAAAAGAUGUUCGUGUGGUAGAAAAGAUCCUUCGCACUUUAACACCUAAAUUCGAUUUUGUGGUGUGUGCUAUUGAAGAGUCUAAAGAUUUAGACUCAAUGAUGGUGGAGCAAUUGGAGGGUUCUUUACAGGAACAUGAAGAAAAGAACAAGAGGAGACAAGAAGUGCCAUUGGAGCAACUUUUUAAAACUCAGGCAUCCUUCAAGGAUUAUGGAGGUGAAAAAAGCUAUCGAGGGAAUGGAUGA